UUUCAAUCCUAGCCUUCUAUCCCUCUUGCAAUCUGAAAAUGAGUCUGUCUGACCAUAAAGACACCAUCCAAAGGCUCUACGUCGACGAGGACCUAACUCUCGACGAGCUGAUGGACUCCAUGGAAAGGAAUUUUGGCAUUCGUGCGAGCAAGGACACCUACAAACGCUAUUUCAAGAAAUGGCAACUACGUAAAAACAACAAUCACGACUUCUACAUCUGGGCCAACCAUCGCAUUGAAAAGCGCAGUCAUGCGAACCCCAAGAAGAAGACCCAGAUCCUCUUGAACGGAAAAGCGAUCGAUAAGAAAACUAUCCAGAAGAAUAUCCCGCGGCAGGUGUCGACUUAUGAUCAAGCACGCGCAGCAGCUGCAAGUCCAGCAACACCUCAAGGCUACAGCAUCGUAACGCCUGCUGGUUCGACCUCAAGCCAGCCCCAAGACACUUCGGCGAGACCAAGCGAGCCCCCAUCGUCGAGCCACCCUGCAUCACUUGGAAGUGACAUAACAGACAAUGAAGAGCUGACCGAAAUUAAAUUGCUUGCUGAAGUCAUGCAAGACUGUGGGUCUUUCCUCUCUCUAUGGGGCCAAAUGAAUGUUUCUACUUCCCGGAGAAAUCUGGCUGAACUACAUACUUCGGUUGCUGAGCGGAUCAUUACGGAUACUUGGGAUCUCCAAUCACAUCCCCGUCAUACAACUCGUCUACUGCCGGUUCUAGGAUUCGACAUCCUGCACUCCUCAUACAAGGAUGACUUUGAACGAGUUCAGCUACAGCUACGGAAUCUACCGCAGGAUAUCUAUGCUGAUACCGUCCGUACUGCGAGGUUCAUCGCAUCGGCAAAAGGCUGCGUCAAUGCGGCAGCAGCCCUGUUUGACAAUGAGCCCAAUGUAGAUUCUCGUGAUUCCAAGGGACAGACAUGCCUUGGGAUAGCGGUGCUUCAUAAUCACCCAGCGAUGGUUUCAUUUCUCAUCGCCCGAGGAGCAAAUGUCAAUAACAGACGCCGCGACGGGCAAACGGUGUGGACUCAGAUUUGUAUAUCGGAAGAGCAUGAAACGGUGUCUCAGCUUCUGAUCAACGCCGGCGCCGAUGUGAACACCACGGUUAAUUCCGUCAAUGGUCUUUAUAUCGCUGCCGCUGGUGGUCAUAUCGAUGACGUCCAACGUCUGCUUCGACGGGGGAUGAACCCAUCCAUUCAAACACCUUUCUUGUGGGCCCCGCUAGUAAGUUUUAACAUCCGAGACGGUGCCCGUCUUAUUGCAUAAAAGACUAAGAACUGGCCUGAAUAUUUUAGCAUUGGGCUAGAUCGAUCGAGGUCGUGAAGGCUCUUGUUGAAGCGGGUGCGGAUGUUAACACGCUUUCUGAUUCUGGGGCGACACCACUUGCAACUAU